AUGUCAGAAGAAAAUACCACAAACUCCACUUCUUCCACCACUACUUCACGUAGAGCUAGAAAGAAUCUAGGUGGUGGUACUGAUGGAAAUAAAACCUCUCAAUCUUUCUUUCAACGUUUGUUAGAACAACAAAAACAAGAACAAGGUACUUCCAAUAAAUUCAAAUGGGUACCCGAUGGAGAAGGUGGUUAUGUGGCAGGUGAAAUUGUUGAAGAAAGUGCCACUGAAGUUCAAUUCAAAUAUGAUGAUGGAAGAGUCAGUUCUUGCAAACCAGAUCAAGUCUUUCCAAUGAAUCCUCAAAAAUUGGAUGGUAUUUCUGAUAUGGCUUCUCUUUCACUCCUCAAUGAACCUUCUGUUUUUUACAAUCUCAAAUAUAGAUAUGAACGAGAUCAAAUCUAUACCUAUUCUGGAUUGUUUCUAGUGGCUGUCAAUCCUUAUAAGAAUUUACCAAUCUAUACUGAGGAGGUGAUCAAGAAGUAUGAAGGUAAACGUCGUGAAGAUGUUGAACCACACAUUUAUGCUGUUUCUGAUGUUGCCUAUAGACAAAUGUUACAAAAUGGUGAGAAUCAAUCCAUGCUCAUCACUGGUGAAUCUGGUGCUGGUAAAACAGUGAAUACAAAACGAGUCAUUCAGUACUUGACUCAUGUCGCUGGUAAAGGUGGUUCAGGUGGUCAAAUUGAACAACAAUUGAACAUGUGUAAUCCUUUGUUGGAAUCCUUUGGUAAUGCCAAGACUCUCCGUAAUGACAAUUCCUCUCGUUUUGGUAAAUUCAUUGAGAUUCAAUUUGACAAACAAGGUUAUAUUGCAGGUUGUAGAAUUCAACACUACUUGUUGGAAACGACACGUGUCAUUCGACAAGCUCUGAAUGAACGUUCCUUCCACAUUUUUUAUCAAAUCUUUAAUAUGGAAGAAGAGAAAAAGAAGGAAUUGUACUUGACCGAUCCCAGUGAUUUUGAAUACAUUAAUCAGAGUAAUUGCUUUGUCGUUCCAGGUGUUGAUGAUGAGGCUGAUAUGAAAUUGACUCUCCAAUCCAUGCGUAUCAUGAAAAUGACAGAGACUGAAAUUGACAUGAUUCUUCGCAUUGUUGCUUUCAUUCUUCAUAUGGGUAAUGUUCAAUUCAAGGACGAUGAGGAAGAACAUGCUCAUGUGGUGAAUGCCAAAGAAUCUCUCCAAUUGGGAUGUGAGAUUCUCAAAGUCACUCCUGAUCAAUUGGUGAAGGGUUUCUGUAAACCUCGAAUCAUUCUGCCAGGUGAAGUGAUUGAAAUGGCUGUCGAUUCAAGAAAGGCUAAUUUUAACCGUAAUGCAUUGGUCAUGUCCACCUAUUUGAGAAUGUUUGAUUGGAUUGUUCAAAAGAUUAAUCAAUCCAUGAGUGCCAAGACUGAAAUUAAGAACUUUAUUGGUGUGUUGGACAUUGCUGGUUUUGAAAUUUUUGAUAUCAAUAGUUUUGAACAAUUGUGUAUCAACUUUACCAAUGAGAAACUUCAACAAUUCUUCAAUCAUCACAUGUUCAAGAAGGAACAAGAAGAAUACUUGAGAGAAGAUAUUGCAUGGAACUUUAUUGACUUUGGUUUGGAUUUACAACCAACCAUUGAUUUGAUUGAGAAACCACAAGGUGUCUUGGAUAUUCUUCAUCAAAAGUGUGUCGUACAGAAUCAGGACGAGGAAAGUUUCGUUCGUGAUUUGCUCUCAAAAAAUGCCAAAUCCGAAAAACUCAAGAAGGACAAAUUCGAUCCAAAGGCUUUCCUCGUGACUCACUACGCUGGAGAGGUCAAGUACAAUGUUCGUGAUUGGUACAGCAAGAACGUGGAUCCACUCAAUGAUGAUUGUAAGAUGGCCAUGCAAAAGAGUAUGUUGCCUUUCGUGAAGAAACUCUUCAUUUCGGGUGAGGAUAAGAAGGAAGGAGCAACAGCAGCAGUCACUACUAGUGAUCCAAAGAGUCGUUCUGUCUCGGGUGCUGGUGUUCGUUUCCAAACUGUCGGAAACAAGUACAAGAAACAACUGAGUGAUUUGAUGCAAUUAUUGGCCAGUACAGAACCUCACUUUAUUCGUUGUAUCAAACCAAACUCUCUUCAGAAACCAGGUAUCUUGCAAGCUGUUCAUGUCUUGGAGCAAUUGAAAUGUAACGGUGUUUUGGAGGGCAUUCGUAUCAGUCGUAAAGGUUAUCCUGGUCGUAUCAAAUUUGCCGAUUUUGCCAAGAGAUAUGAAUUGUUGGCCAAGAAUGCCUCUGCUGUCAAAUCCUUAAAGACCGAUCGUGAGAGGUGUCAAGCCAUCGUUUCGGAUUUGGGUUCUUUUGUCAUGGAUGAAACCAAAUACAAAAUUGGUAAGACUAAAAUCUUUUUAAAGGCUGGUGUUGAAGCUCAACUCGAGGAAUUGAGAGAACAUCAAAUUGAGAAGGUCAUUGCAUUGGCUCAAGCAGCUUGUAUGGGUCAUUCUGCUCGUAAACAAUACAAGAAACUCAUUGGACGUAUUGUUUAUAUCAAAUUGUUGCAAAGAAACUUUAGAGCCUAUUUGAGUAUGAAAGAUUGGGAUUGGUAUCAACUCUUUGUCAAGGUUCGUCCAUUGGUUGAGGCUGAUCGUUCUGAAAAGAUGUUGAACCAAAUGAAGGAAGAAAUUGAAAAAUUAAAACAAGAAGUGAUGAAUCAAAUCGAGAACAAUAAGAUCACUGAACAAGAGAAGGAUAACCUCUCUCGAAGUGUUGAACAAAUGAGAGCAGAGAUUAGAACUCGUGAAAGUGAAUUGGAACAGAUGAAUCAAAUGUUACGUGAAAUGAAGGAAAAGAUGGACAAUCGUGAACAUGACAUUGAAUCCUUAGCUGGUAACAUGCAAGAUAAGGAAAAUGCAAUUUCCAAUUUGAGACGUGAAAUCCAAAACAAGGACUUUGAGAUGAAUCAAUUAAAGACUCAAUUGGACAAUGCUAAAAGAACAUUGGCUGAUAAGGACAAUGAAGUUCUCCAACGUGGUAAAAACAUUCAAGAAGUCAAGGAUGAAUUGAAUCGAGCCUUGUCGGAAUUGGAAGACUUGAGAGCUGAAUUGAACAUUACAAAGAAUACUUUGAAUAACUCUGAUUAUUCUUUGGAUCAAACACGUCAAGAAAUGCUCGAAAAGGAACGUAAAUUGAGAGAAAGAGACAAUGAAAUUGUUGAACAAAAGAAGAGAUCUGCAGCUUUGGAACAAGACUUGAAGCGUGCUGAAAAUGAUCGAAAUGAAUUUGAGUUACAAGUCAAUUCCAUGAAGAAGGCCAUUGAUAACUUCCAACAAGAAUUGGAUAAGAAGAAUCGUGAAUUUGAUCAAUUGAGAAGACAAAAGGUCUCUGGUGAUCAACAAUCUGAACAAUUGCUCUCUGAAUUAGAAGAAGAAAAGAGAAAGCGUAAUGAAUUGGAAAAGAAAUCACGUGAAUUGGAUCAAUUGUUAGAAACUGAAAAGUUUGAACAUGAACGUGCUCUUUCCAAUGCUCGUGAUUUAGAGAAUGAAAUUGAAAAUCUCAAAAAGGAAAUUGCAACAUUGAAGAUGAGAAUUUCUGAAUUAGAAGAUGCCAAUGAGAGAUUGAAACAUGAAAAUCAACAAUACGAACGUGAAUUGGGUGAUUUGAGAUUGAAGAGUGAAAAUGAACAAAACAAGAUGCAAAGUGAAUUGCAACGUGAGAAACAACGUGCUAAUGAUGAAAUUUCCAAUCUCAAUAACAAACUUGAAGACACACGUCGACGAUUAGAAGAAUCUGAGCAAAAACUCAACAAUUCUGAUCGUGAGAAUAGAAACUUGAAGAAAGACAAGCAACAAGUUGAACAAGACAAAUCUGAUUUAGAAAUUAAAUUGAAGAGAUUAGAAAGUGAACUCAAAUCAGGAUCACAAGAUGCUGACAAUUUGAAACAACAAUUACAAGAAUCUGAAAAUAAGAAACGUGAAUUGUUGAAUCGUGUUCGUGAUUUGGAAUUGGAAUUGAACAAUCUCAAGGAAGAAUUGAAUCGAGAGAGAUCAAAGAGAUCUUCACUCGAAUCAGAUUCAACCUCUCUCAAAGACAAGUUGAAUAAUUUGGAUCAAGAACUCUCUGCAUUGGAAUUGGUCAAGACUAAGGUUGAGAAACAACUCCGAGAUACUCAAUACGAUUUGGAUCAAGAGAAGAACGUCACUUCCAAAUUGAGAUCCGAUUUGGAACAAGUCCGAAAGUCCGAAACCGAAUACAAGGCCAAGGCAGAGACCUUUGAGUCUUCACUUGUCUCUCGUGACGCUGAAUUGAAGAAUUUGAGAGAUCAACUCGAACAAUUGAGAUCUCAACUCUCUGAUAACUCGAAUAUUUCUGAAGAGGCUCAAAAACAAAUCAAAAAGAUGAAGGAUGACAUUCGAAAGACUCAAGAACAAUUACAAGAGAGUGAAUCUCGAUUGAAAGAUGAAAUGAUCAAACACAAACAAGCUCAAUCGACCAUUCUCGAGAAGGAUAAUCAACUCUCUCUCUCCAAGGAUGAAUUGAAUCGACUUCAAAGAGAAAUUUCACAAUUGAGAUCUGAUUUGGAUAAUGCCCGUAACAAUUUAAGUGGAGCUGAUACUGAAUCAUUGAAAUUGAAGAGUGAAUUGAGAGAGAAGGAUCGUAAAUUGAAAGAAGCAGAAAAUGAAAAGGAUGAUUUGGAAUCACAAAUUCAACAAAUGGAACGUGAAAUUAAUGAACAUAAAUCUCGACACGAUCAAAAAGAUCAAACCAUCACUCAACUCGAUGCUGAACGUAAACAACGAGAAGGUGAACUUGCCAAAUUAAGUGCCGAUGUGGAACGUUUGAAACAAGAAAAGGAGCGCGACGCCACUACAGCCCGCCAACGUGUGGAACAAUUACAACGCAAUAUGGACGAUGCUGAGGAGCGUUAUUCCGGUGAAUUGCGCAAACUCCAAUCGGACAAUAAGGAUCUCAAGAAUCAAUUGAAACAAUUAAAGAAGGAGAUGGAGAGUGGCAUGGGUGGUAACAGUGCGGGUAGUGUGGACAGUGCUGAAUUGUCUCGAUUAAGACGUGAAUAUGAUUCUGAAUUGAUCAAAUUGAAGGCUCAACUCGAAGAUGAAGUCAUUCAACGCAAUGAUGCUGAACAAAAGAGAAAACUUUUAGAAUUUGAAUUGAAUGAUUUGAAAGACAAGUACAACCAAGAGACCAAGUCGCGUAAAAAGAUUGAAGCACUCAAAUUAUCACUCCAAUCUGAAAUUGAGGAUUUGAGAGAAUUGGCAGAGAAGGCUGAGGAUCUUCAAGAAGAAUUGUCCAUGAAUAAGCAACAACAUGCAGAUAUUGUCAAUGAACUUGAAAGUGAAUUGAAGAAGGAAAGAUCGAAUCGUAUUUACAAUGAAGAAGAAGCAUCUCGAUUCAAACGUGAAACUCAAAAUCUUAAAGUUCAAUUGGAAUUGGCUCUUCAAAAGAAGGAAGAAGAGUUGAGACGUGUCAAGGGUCAAUAUGAACAAGAAAUUCAAGAUUUACAAGAUUUGUACAACAAGUCAAAGAAUGACAAGAAGAAAUUCUCUAAAUCUUCAACUUCUUUAGAAACUGAAUUACGUGAGGCUCAACGAUCCUUACAAGAUGCUGAACGUUAUCGAUCAUUGGCUGAACAGAAGGCUGAUCGAUUGGAACGUGAAUUGAAGAUGGCUAAUUUGAGAUUGGAAACUGAAUCAUCCAAUCAAUUACUUAUUGCACAAGAGAAACAACGUAUUGAAAGUCAAUUACAAUCUGUUCGUGAUCAAUUGGAUGAAAUGGAGAGUGAAAAUACCAAACUGAAAUCUGAUUUGGAUACAGAGAGAAGAAAAUUCCAACAAUUGGUUCGAAGAUUGAACAGCAGUGCUAGUGCAAGCAGCUCUGCUCGAUCCUAUGUGGGUGGUGAUGAUUCUGAUGACGAAGAGGAUGAAGAAUAA